AGAUAGCAAGAUCACAAGAAGAGGUGGAUGAGCAAAUGUGAGCUAUCAGGCGACAUGUUUCAUCCUGCAUGGGGAGAGAGAAGUGCUGCAAGUUGUAGUGAGCUCUUCGCAGGGGUUUCCUCCGACGUCUCACCAUGGAAACACUCUACGUCGAUCGUCGCCCGAAUGCGUCGACGAGGAGGAACCUGACCAUCUCGGUAGUCACGGGGAUGAUCGUUGUAGUUAGCUGCGUCGUUCUGCUCAGAGGCAACGCGCGGGCAUCGCAGGCACCGGAUGUUGCAAGCAUGUACCACAUGUGGUUGGCGCCUAACGGAUUACCAUUGAGCCCUCGCAAACAGCGCGCGCUUCUUUUCCAGUUCUGCACAACAAACUUCGUGACUGAGGCCGAGAUGAGAUAUUGUUAUGCGCGACUACUGUCAGUCGGCAAUCCCUCGGGACCUGUCAAGUUUGCUGGUCAGCCGCAGUAUGACAGCGAGCAGGUUGUCUCCCCUCUGUUCACCUUCUCUGCACCUCCCAUGGACGGGGGCAAGGGAGGCGGCGGGGAUGGCGGCGGGUCGAGCGAUGGUGCGAAGAAGCAGAUAGGAAAAGUGACAGAGCUCGCGUCAAGACCGAGGAUGUCAGAGAUGUACCAGAAGUUCAGCCCCGAGGUCACCAGGAAGAAUCUCGAGGCUUACCGUGCCGGGUUUGAUGCUGGGCUAGAUGCUCGGAAACAGCUGACGAGGAUAGAGCCCAAGAAGCGCGCGGCACACUGAGGAGCCCAGGGAUGGUCAUGUGUAGUUGUGAUAGAGGGAAGGACGGAAUGUUUAUUUUAUAGCUUGUUGGACUUGAAUCGUCAUUGUGCAUGG